AUGAAAAAGAAACCAUUGAAACUCAACAAGUACUCUUCCGUUGUCACCGAGGACCCUUCCCAAGGAGCAUCGCAAGCAAUGCUCUACGCCACAGGGUUCUCCUCCGAGGACUUUAACCGUGCACAAAUCGGUGUCGGAUCCGUUUGGUGGACCGGUAACCCUUGUAACAUGCACUUGAUGGAGUUAAACAAUAUGUGUGCAGAGUCAGUCAACAAGGCCGGUUUAAAAGCAAUGCAAUUCAACUCAAUUGGUGUUAGUGAUGGUAUCACCAACGGUACAGAGGGUAUGAAAUACUCAUUGCAAUCACGUGAAAUCAUUGCUGACUCAUUUGAAACAAUGACCAUGGCUCAAUUAUAUGACGGUAAUGUUGCCAUCCCAAGUUGUGACAAGAAUAUGCCCGGUGUCCUUAUGGCAAUGGGUAGACACAAUAGACCCGCCAUUAUGGUGUACGGAGGUACAAUCAUGCCCGGCUCACCAACUUGCGGUGGCUCAAAGCUGAAUCCCGCCAUUGCAGAUAAGAUUGACAUUAUCAGUGCUUUCCAAAGUUAUGGACAAUUCUUGUCCAAACAAAUCAACGAGGAAGAAAGAAUUGAUAUUGUGAAAAACGCAUGUCCUGGACCAGGUGCUUGCGGUGGUAUGUACACUGCCAACACUAUGGCCUCUGCAGCCGAAGUCUUGGGUUUAACUUUACCUUUUUCAUCAUCGGCACCAGCAGUUUCAAAAGAAAAGGCCGAAGAGUGUGCCAACGUUGGGUACGCCAUCAGAAACUUGCUUGAACUCGACUUGAAACCAAGAGACAUUUUGACCAAAAAAUCAUUUGAAAACGCCAUUACAUACAUCAUUGCUACCGGUGGCUCAACAAAUGCAGUUUUGCACAUGAUUGCCAUUGCUUCAAGCUUCGAUAUCGAAUUAACUGUUGACGAUUUCCAAAGAAUCAGUGACUCUACUCCACUUUUGGCUGACUUUAAACCAUCUGGUAAAUACGUUAUGGCAGAUUUGCAAGCUAUUGGUGGUACACCAGCAGUUAUGAAGUUUUUGAUGAAUGAAGGUAUGAUUGAUGGUUCGCAAUUGACUGUGACAGGUAAGACCAUUGCUGAAAACUUGGCCAAUGUUCCAGAAUUGCCAAAGGGUCAAGAAAUCAUCCACUCAUUGGACAACCCAUUGAAACCAAGCGGUCACUUGCAAAUCUUGAAAGGAACCUUGGCCCCAGGCUCAGCCGUUGCCAAGAUUACUGGUAAAGAAGGUACUUACUUCAAAGGUAAAGCUAGAGUUUUUGACGAGGAACACGCAUUUAUCACUGCAUUGGAAAAUGGCGAGAUCAAAAAGGGUGAAAAGACUGUUUGUGUCAUUAGAUACGAAGGACCAAAAGGUGGUCCAGGUAUGCCAGAAAUGUUGAAACCAUCAAGUGCUUUGAUGGGAUACGGAUUGGGACAAGAUGUUGCCUUAUUGACCGAUGGUAGAUUUUCUGGUGGUUCACACGGAUUCUUGAUUGGUCACAUUGUCCCCGAGGCAGCCGAAGGUGGUCCAAUUGCUCUUGUUGAGGAUGGCGAUGAGAUUGUUAUUGAUGCCGACAAGAACAUCAUUGACUUGUUGGUGAGCGAAGACGUCUUGGCCAAGAGAAGAGAGCAAUGGACUCCACCUGAACCCAGAUACAAAAGAGGUACAUUGUUCAAAUAUGCCAAAUUGGUUAGUGAUGCUUCCAAAGGAUGUGUUACUGACUUGUAA